AUGGAUUUCUCUGAGAAGCCGGCAUUUUCCCGUUCGACUUACCGGGAAAUCUCAGUACAUGGAAAGCUGGCAGCAAGCCCCGGAUCUCAUCGCAGCUCGAUCAGACAAGCGCAACUUCACAAGAAGAUUUUCAAUAUCCAAGCUUUCGUGAUAUCGAAUGUGUUUUCCCUUUGGCUCUCUCAAAAGAAGAUGUGGAUAUGGUUCGAGAUUAUCUCAAAAAGGACAAAGAAGUUAAUGGAAGUGUUGAGGACAUGUUGCACUGGUUCGGCUAAAUCAGCGAUCUCUGCUCUUUCCGAGAAUGGCAUGCUGCCACAGAAGAAGCUGAACAAUAGUACAAAAAUGAAGAAAUUACAAGAAUCUCACGAUGAUGACCUCAUUUCGAUGAAUUCCUUCUCAAAUUUGAUUGCCGCGCUGAUGAUGGACUGCUAUGGUCAA